AUGGACGAAUGGAGCAGCACUCAGAACGAGAAAAUUGCUGCCAAGGCCGAAGAUGACACCGAAGAUUGUCCAAUGACGAAGCUUGCCGACGAGAUGAGCAUUGCGUCGUUGUUCCUGGCGCCCAUCCUGAUCAAAGACUCCGAGUACUUCGCUGCUUGCUUCAAGAACGAGAACUUUAUCGAGGGCAAGACUUUAAUUGUCGAGUUCGACGACAUCGACCCCGACCUCCUCGGCAUCUACCUCCAUCUUGCAUCCAUGCACGCCAUCAAGAAGUUUGUGAAGUUUGACCCCGGCUUGAUGAAGGAGCCAAAGCGCCUGAAGCCCAUGGUCGACCUUUGUGAGAUUGCCGACCGCUUCAUGAACACGAAGAUGACCAAACUCGUUGGCUGCUCCAUCCUUGAAAUAGCUAUGGAUCAUCCUAUCAAAAACGUUACAUACGACAUGACUGCUCAGGAACGAUCUUGGUCUAUCAAGAACUACAAGGAUGCAUUCGAGGCCCUUGACUACGGAGAUCACGCUCGGGAGUACAUGCGAGCGAAGCUAGUGGCCGCCUACUGUCGUUGGGUUCCUCUUGGAAACUUCAGAGACGACCUCGUUGUGUUGGAGAAUUCUCCAGACUUCGUCCGCGAGCUCACAAUCUGUUUUGCUUCGCUCCUGACAGAUGUCGAUACGUCUUGGACCUCUCAACGCGAACGAGUCCGUGCGAAAUAUCCCCCUGGCAAUUGUUCCAAGUCCUGGGAUGUGGACAACGGAGUCUUGGAUAUGGGUGACUGGAUCAAGUGGAGGCCCUUUCCGCUGAUCACUCCGAAAUCUCGUUACCACUGUGGCGACAAGACCUUCGUCUUCAACAAAGCCAUACUAACGCAGCACUCCGAAUUCUUCGCCACCGGUCUGAAGGACGCCACCGCUGCCGAGUGCGAAGCAAACACCAUAACAUUCAACGACAUCGAACCCGAGCAUCUCGAUGCGUACCUUCAAUUCGCCCUGGGCGAGCACAAGAAACUCGUCUUCCUAGUCAAAGUCUGGCAGGUCUCCGAUCGCUUCCAGUCCAAGGCCCUUUGCACUGCGCUCGGAGCCCAAAUCGCAAAGCUUGGAUAUGAUCGGGAAUAUUCGAAUCAAAACGAUCGCGAAUGGUGGGUUAACAACGUCGAGGCUGCUUUCGAGGCAUUCGACGAGCAUGCCGACAGCCAGGUGAAGCUUCGGGGCCAGGUGGUCAAGCAGUUCAUUCUCGACUUUCCGUCCGAGCAUCUCCAUUCUGUUGUCGGCCUGGCCGAUCUCAGCCCGGCGUUCAUUCGCGAGCUUUGGAAGGCCCUGUCCGCCCAUGCCUUCGAUACGGAGAACCAGCUUCGCGAUACGAAGACGAGGGCUCAAAACCAUCAUCAGAGGAUUAUGACGUUGGAGCGCGAUAUUCAAGAUUGGCGCAAGCGAAUCGGCGAGCUGGAGGACCAGGUUGCAGAGUUAGAAGAAGACAGGGAUUACUGA